CAUUCUUCAACACAACCCCGCGACGUCAAGGCCUUGGCCACACAGUGCUCCGUGUCUUGCCCGUCUAUCACUCCUUGCUCGUGUGUCACUCUCGGGUAGACGAACUGGCCUUGGUUGCAUCAUCGACCACAUCCAAGGAAGCUUCCCGUCACCGCGACUGUUUCGCCGACCUUCUCGAUAGGUUUUCAACCCCGACGCGCCCUCUUGUCUUCGACAUUCGAUAGUCGGUUUCGGCAGCGGGCGGACAACCAUCGCCCGCCGCAACCAUGUGGUUCAUCAGCGCCUCGACGAGUGCAAUCUUUUUGCUAAGCAUCGUUCUCCUAAUACCCAUUGCCUUCGACGUUGGCGGUCGUGAUGCCGGUUUAGCUUACUCGCUAUCCCUCUUCAUCUUCUACCUUAUCUACAGCACCAGCAAGCUCCUUACUCCGGAGAGUUCACGAGUUCGCUGGUUCUUCACUAGCAGUGUCGGCUUGUCGCAAUGGAUCAUCAUUCCAGCCCUUCUCAUCUGGUCUCUGAAUAGGUUCUCAGUGGAUGCUGAGAAUGCCGGCUGGGUAUCGCGCACCUUCUCUUCUGCCACUGCGAAUCACAAGCCCAGCACUUGGGGCGAAUACUUCUUUGGCCAGCAUGGAUUUGUCGAGAAUGUCGCUCUGGGAGCUUGGGACAAGACGCUGAGUUACUCGAGCCCUGUUUUCCAACUGCUGGAGGGUUUCUGCACUCUCUUGGUGAUACAGACUGCUGGCCGGGUUGCAAGAUGGCUCGUCACUCGCGGUGGAGGCGAUACAUGGAUGAUAUUCCUUCUUGCCUUUUCUGGUUCCAUCAUCUCCAGUGCCGUUUACUUCCUCUGGAGGGUUGCGCACUUCCCCGAAAUAAACACCAUCGAUGCCACACUCAUUGGAGCUACAAUGACGUCGGCCGUAUUCCUGGGAGCAUAUGGAAUUGGUAGCGGGCGCGGCAACGCCGUAGAGUCAUCUCUCCUCUUUGCCUACAUCGUUCUAUGCGUCUAUCAGAUCUUUACCGACUAUCAGCCGUCUGCCGAAGCUGCUGCUGCGGCCGAGCAAGCGGCCUCGCUUCAGCCCGAUUUCCCGCCUCUGCCCCCAAUCAUCAUGGCAUCCUAUUCGACAUUGAUGCACAUCCUCAGCAGUCUGCCCGAAGCCUUCAACACUUCUUUCCAGUUCCUCUAUGCCGCAUUCCAAACCAUUACACCCAGCGUUAUAAUCUCGCUGACCUACCGGAUUAUCGUCUUCUACUGCGCCACCCGCAUCAUUCCGGCUGUUCGGGAGCUCGGCGCCAGAGCUCUCAUGGACGAGCCAAGUUUACUGGAAGAGACCGACGGGGCUAACCGCCUUGUAGGCUUCCUCAGCUGGUUCUCUCCUUCGAUCCUCAUCGCCGUGUACACGAGCUUAUUGCUGCAGCACUUCAGCGUAUCCAACAACGGUGAUGAUAUCGGGUGGACUCUCCGGGCUGGUGACGCCGGUGGAAACCCGUGGCGUUGGGUCAACGUCGCUGCCACCAUGGGACUAUACGCUGUCGAGCUUUAUCUCGGGGAGAGGAACGAAGGAAUGCACUGGAGAGCGGACUGAAAAAUGCCAAAAGGUGUGCGUCAGUGUUACUCAGCCAUCGCAGACGCAAUCUAGAAAAGCUUUUGUUAGCUUUAGAUAUGAAAAUCAGUGGCCAAGACAGGUCACCUGGGAACAAGCACCAAGUCAACAUCAUCUGUUGAGAAGUUUGUUUACCUCAAACCAACGACAAUUCAAGGACGAGCGCAGGGUGGGAAGAAGUGACAUGAGGAGGAAGAUUUGAUACCCAUUGGUUAAGUGGAGAGGCAGCAAGACAGAGAACAGAAAGCGAAUCGCGUUCGUUUGGGAGACGCGA